AUGAUGGACCUGGACGGGGGAUCAGGCGUAACCCCAGGACCUGUUUUGGGCCCUGGACAAAAAUGGGGAAGCCCCGUUAUGGAACGAGCGAAACCUAAUGGUACUAUAAGCGUCGAUAGCAGGGAUAGCCAAGGUUCACACCACCUGGCACCACAACAACAACAACCACAACCUACUCAACUGCCAUCCACUUCCAACAGCAAUAGCAAUCUUUCCCAGCAACCUUCCUCCCAACCUUCUUCGGGCGCGUCUUCGCAAAGAACAUCGACCGUUUCUCCUAGCAACAAAGAGCAGCCUCAUCCACCACCCUCUACAUUAACUCCCCAGACGAAAAAGUCGACCCCGACCCCUACGAAUAUCAGCCCUCGGCAUCCCCCGCCCCAGCCGUCAUCGAGUCCAAAGGGUGCGCAUCAGUUGGGUCCACCGCCCACGCCAUCUCAGAAUCAAGCGAUCGUGGAGGGAGGUACCAGCAGUAGUCCCGGGUCGUCCGGGCCUCCCAAGAAAAGAGCUCGAAGAGAUGAGGCUCCGAUCUGGGCGAGAAAAGCUAGUCGGAGUUCUAGUAGUAGCCCCGUAUUGGCGAAUAGGAGACAACCAAGCAGCGCAAACCAGCACCAACCUCCUCUGCAACAGCAGCCGCCGCCGCUUCCGCCACCGCCUCCACAACAGCACCAGAAACCUCCUCCGGCAAGCGGAUUUACCCCCCGUUUUGUUCCGUGCUUUGGGGCCUGGGAGCCUUCCAUAUGCAACACGGAACCUUAUGAAGAGUUGACAAGGGAGGUUGCGAACUUCUUGUUCAACCAAGUUGUGUGUCAAAACGAUCCAGCACUCACUUCGUCAGGGGGAGAUGGUCCAGUUGUCAUGAUUGAGAUUGAAGCCAAGAUUGGUCAUUUGAUUGACAAGGAACGAGGCGAGAGAUUGAAACUUCCGGUCGUCACGGAAACAGUACUGAAUGUUGAUGAACCAGGAUGGAAAAUCCAAUUCAAGAGUAGCAUGACUGAGGUAAUAUUAUUAUUCAUUUAUUUGUUUUCAUCCACUCCUACACGUGGUGCAAAUUCCCGACCGCCUGCAGGGCCCCAGCGUAUCCCAAUGGACUACGUGCACACCCGUGAGAGGGAUACCUUUUUCGAGCUCCCGCCGGACAAGUUUCAAGCACUCCCCAAUAUCCUGCGCUCAUAUAUGCGACACAAACCCAAAGUACGUGUGACAAUUGACCAGAAGACCGGAAAGGUUAUCAACAAGAUUAUCAAGACAAGAAUCGCAGAUCUCAACGUCUAUUCACCAAAGACCGCAUUUGAUUGGCGGGUUAGCGCGAAUAUCGAAAUGCCAUACCCGGGCGACAUCGAUGGGUUACAGCCUUCAAGUGAUAGGGGCGGCGGAGACAGGAACAAGGAUAGGCUAAGCUACCGGCAUUUAGCCUACCAAAUCGAUCUCACUCAAGUUACGGAUAAUACUGCGAGGAAGGAACACGAGCUUGAGGUUGAAGUGUCUGGGCAGGAAAUCAUAAGACACGGAAACCUUGCAAGGGAGAAAAAGCCGAAUGCUUACGAGUAUCUGGUUCGUGGGUUCGUGGAUAACGUCCGAGUUCUCAUCAGGGCUAUUGAGCCGUAAUGCCGUUGAUAGAUCGGAAAGGAUAAUCAUAUUGGCGGAUUACUUUUUCUCUCUCUUUUGUCCCUCAUUCCACGGCUUCAAGCUUCUCGGGGAGCUUUCACUGUACACAAUUUUUUUUGUUCACCUUCUCCUUACUUUCAUUCUUCCCCCCGCUGCUUGCUCGGAGUGACCCAUGGGGUCCCUUUCUUUAUACUCGCUAGUGCAAAUUUGCCUGUUUUUUUUCAUUUCUCUUUUCACAACCGCUUGUAUUGUACUAUUCUGGUGACAUUUCUUUGGUGUACACUGCCUUUUUCUAUCUCUCCGUUCCUGCUCCGAUAAUUUCCUUUUCCAAACACGAAAAAAGCCAAAAAGUUCUCAAUUGCUGCGGUUUAAGGGAAGGAUAUUGUUAGCAUUAUGAUAUCCUCAAGUUUUUCCUUUUCUUCCGUUUUUCUUUUCUCCUUUCGUCAUACCUCUUUCAUACUAUUCUUUUCCAUUUCCUUGUUCCUGAUCGUGUCUAUAACUAAGUAGGGCGGUGGAAUUCUGAUUUCCGUGA